CCAGUGAGUUAUCACAGUGACUUUGAAGAUCAGGAUUUCCUAUUAGAGCUUAUUCACAAUAUCAGUGGGACCUGUCAGUGUCCAUCAGUGCCAGCUGUCAGUGCUCAUCCAUGUCACCUGCCAGUGCCCAUCAGUGCCUCAUCAAUGCCACAUUUCAGUGCCCACCAGUGCACAUCAAUGCCACAUAUCAGUGCCCAUCUGAACUGCCUUUCAGUGUCACCCAUCAGUGCCCGUCAAUGCCACCUAUCAAUGCCAGUCAGUGCCACCUAUCAGUGCUGC